CCCUGGGCCGACGCCAUAUUCCAGGCUCGCGGGCGAGGGAGCUGACCGAGUGAGGUCGGCAGCGCCAGCAGCCGGCGCUCAGCAGCAUGGUGGCGUGGACGCGCCGAACAGCCGCACUCGCAGCGGCGCUGCUGCUGCUGACUGCCGCCGGCGUCCAGCCCGCCAAGGAGGUGUUCACCAACUCCUUCUACGUGCAGCUGAACGGGCCGCACGGCAGCGCCAAGGCGCACGAGAUCGCCAAACGCUCCGGCUUCGAGAGCCUGGGCCCGGUGCUCGGGUCGCAGCACGAGUUCCAUUUUGUGCACCGCGGGCUGGCGUCGGUCAGGACCAAGCGGAGCGUGCCCCACCUGCGCAAGCUGAAGGCCCAUCCGCUGGUGCGACGAGCCGUCCAACAGACGGGCUUCGUGCGCCAGAAGCGGGGCUUCCGGCCGCUUCGGCUGGAGCGGCGCGGCUACAGCCCGCUCCGCGUCGAGAACCUGGUGCAGCUCAAGCCGCACAGAGACCCCACCGACCCGUUCUUCAAGUACCAGUGGUACCUGAAAAACACCGGGCAGAACGGCGGUAAACCAAAGCUCGACCUGAACGUGGAAGCAGCAUGGGCGCAGGGCAUCACCGGGCGGAACGUCACCACUGCCAUCAUGGACGACGGCGUCGACUACAUGCACCCGGAUCUGCGAGAACACUUUAACGCAGAGGCCAGCUAUGACUUCAGCAGUAACGACCCUUUCCCGUAUCCUCGGUACACCGACGACUGGUUUAACAGUCACGGGACGCGUUGUGCCGGGGAGGUCUCCGCCGCCAGAGACAACGGCGUGUGCGGAGUUGGCAUCGCCUACAACUCACGGGUCGCAGGUAUUCGGAUGCUGGACCAGCCGUACAUGACGGACCUGAUCGAGGCCAACAGCAUGGGUCACGAGCCGGACCUGAUCGACAUCUACUCGGCCUCGUGGGGGCCCACGGACGACGGCGAGACCGUGGACGGCCCCAGAAACGCCACCAUGCGCGCCAUCGUCCGCGGCGUCAACGAGGGACGCCGCGGCCUGGGUAACAUCUACGUGUGGGCCUCGGGCGACGGCGGGGAGGACGACGACUGCAAUUGUGACGGAUACGCUGCCAGCAUGUGGACCAUCUCCAUCAACUCGGCCAUCAACGACGGCGAGAACGCCCACUACGACGAGAGCUGCUCCUCCACCAUUGCAUCCACCUUCUCGAACGGCGCCAAGGACCCUACCACCGGCGUGGCGACGACGGACCUGUACGGCCAGUGCACCAAGACCCACUCGGGCACGUCGGCGGCUGCGCCCGAGGCGGCCGGGGUCUUCGCGCUGGCGCUGGAGGCCAACCCGCGGCUGACCUGGCGGGACGUACAGCAUCUGACCGUACUCACGUCCAAGCGCAACUCGCUGUACGACCACAAGAAGCGUUACUUCUGGCACAUGAACGGCGUGGGGCUCGAGUACAACCACCUGUUCGGCUUCGGCGUGAUGGACGCCGGGGCGAUGGUGGCGCUGGCGAGCCGCUGGCAGGAGGUGCCGGCCCGCUACCACUGCCAGGCUGGCAGCGUCGUGCGGGACAGCCCGAUCCCCCAGAACGGCACCCUGCGCUGGAACAUCACGACGACGGGCUGUGCCGGGUCCGACACAGAAGUCAACUACCUGGAGCACGUGCAGGCCGUCAUUACCAUCAACUCCACCCGACGCGGCGACGUCGAGCUCUUCCUCACAUCGCCCAUGGGCACCAGAUCGAUGAUUCUGAGCCGGCGGCCGAACGACCGUGACGACCGGGACGGCUUCACCAAAUGGCCGUUCAUGACCACCCACACGUGGGCCGAGCACCCGGCCGGCACGUGGGUGUUGGAGGCGCAGUUCAACAGCAAGUCGCCGCAGGAGGGCUUCAUCCGCGAGUGGACGCUGAUGCUGCACGGCACUCGGCUGCCGCCGUACAGCUCUCUGCUCGUAACCGACCCGCACUCUAAGCUAGCCGUUGUCAAGAAGGUGCACGAAUCCACCAAGGCGCGCAUCUAGGCGGCGGCCGGCCGGAUCAGCGGCGGCGACGGCGGCGGCAGCGGGCGUGAGCCGCCUCCUCCCCCCGGCGGACUCGCCGGCGCCGCCCGCCCCGGACGCCGAGGUCGAGAUGCGGCCGCAAGCUGGCGCCGGCUGCAGCGAAGAACUUUCAGAGGCGACGUAUAAACGCGGCUGGGUUUCGAGGAUUUGUUUUUCAGUCGUCCGGCUGACUCCUUGGCAAGAUAGCCGUCGCCGGCGGCGGGCCGCGUUGAAGGACGGUCAAGACAGGCUGGGUUGGCGGUAAGCACCGUCGCCCUAGGUUUCCGUAUGGCCGCGAGCGCCUCCGACCCAGCUGUCGGGGCCUCUUCCGCUGCUAACCGAUUGCCAAACCGCGCAGGGGGUCGGGGAGGGGAGUUGACUCUGCACUUUCGGCGUGCUGCGUCGGCUGGCGAACUGUGGAAAAGCUUCCCUACGUUGGCUUGACCCUGUACAUAGAUGCGAUGCCUAUAUCCGCGCCGCGAUAGAAAUCCGAUAUAUUUUUGUGGAUGCGAUCUCACUGGAACAUAUCGUGUGGAUCCAUGUGAGUACAGUCGUUCAAGACUUGGCAAAACUAGGCCGCAGUGCGCGUCGUCUCCAUCCGUCAUUCUAAGUCACGCGGCGGUUUCAGACUCGUACAAUUACAGCCAAAUUAUGUCUCAUGAGUUGACAGAGAAGCUGACGUGGCAGGUCACCGGGCGUUCGCGGCGGCGCGGUGGCGGAACGUUGUAAACUGGUCACCAUCUGGUGAGCUGGCGGCGGCCGGGGGGCCACGGGAGGACGUGGCGACCCGGCCAGGACAUCGCGAGGUCAGGAGAUGAGAGGCCGAUCGCAGCGGACGUUCUCGGGCCGGGUCGACAGGUGGCGACACAGGCGCACGGCCGCCGUGGUCGGGGACGCAGCAGGUCGGCUUGUCAGCACCGCGGUGCUCGGCGGCCGGAGAGGCGCCGCGCCUCGGGGCUGUUGACCUGGGCACCAACAGCGCCAGGCCAGCCAGGGAUAAAAUCACAAACGUGGGAGCACUUCGCUUUGUUCGAAAGGUCUUCAAUUUUUAAAAAGAAUUUCCAGUCAGAUGAAAUGCGCUAAGCCACAAUCACAAGUACGAACCCAACGCCAUCAGCUCCAGAGGUUUCCUUGUCAUCCCGCGUGGAGAUGAAAUAAUCGAUUCAGGUUGAAGACCACCGAUGGGGCAUGGCAGAGUCCGGUCCGUUUCCAGUCAGCCGCAGACAGAGGGGCCCUGCCAGUGCGACGCCAGCCUGGUCGAGCCUGCACGACUGGACCGAGCACGGCCGGGAGCGGCGGACCUCUAGCGGUCGACGCCGUACCCUCCGACAGAGGGCAGGCGGCGCGCGUGGAGACGGGACCGGACGGACUCGUGGUCCGCCCCGAGUCCAGAACGACUGGUCGACUCCUGGGCCUCAACAACGCACGCCCCAGACGCGUCUCCAUGUCAACAACGCACGCCCCAGACGCGUCUCCAUGUCAACAACGCACGCCCCAGACGCGUCUCCAUGUCAACAACGCAUGCCCCAGACGCGUCUCCAUGUCAACAACGCAUGCCCCAGACGCGUCUCCAUGUCAACAACGCACGCCCCAGACGCGUCUCCGUGUUAACUAGAUGUAGACGUCUUCGACGAUGCACGCUCCGAGCUGUGCCGACGGGCGGUGCAGGCCAGGUCAAGUCGGCGCGCGCCGUGACUGUCUCUGUGUUUUGCCGGCUGGACGUGUCGUUCGUAAUUCUGUACUGAUCCAUUCGUUCAAUAAACCGUCGGACAACA